AUGGCAUCCAUCGCACCGUCCAGAGCAGCGCCUCCUCCACCUCCACAAGAUGAGGAAGGAGAAGAUUCUGGAGCUUCAGCAAGAGAACGACUGCUUGCAGGUGCGAAACAUGAUAACGAAGAGCUAGUGGAAGAAGCUUUGAACGAAUUGGAAGAUAUCAAUCACGUUGAUGGGCUUGGAAACACUGCACUUCACUAUGCUAUCAUCCACGCUUCGACUUCCACUCUCGAACCUAUCCUCUGCCAUGAUUCGUGUGAUGUAGAUAUUCGGAAUCGUCAGAAUGGAGAUACACCAUUGCACAUCGCAGUGAGGCAGCGAUGGGAAGACUCAGAGGGCUUGAGAUUGUACCUUGUUCAGAGCCUGCUGGAAGCUGGAGCAGAUACCAAGAUUCGCAAUCGGUACAAUGAGAAACCCGUCGAUCUUCUCCCUCGACCAGACUCGUCAGCCGACCCAAACUCUGACGAUGAGCAAGUCAGAGCGGCGCUCAGAAAAGCUGAAGCAGAGGCCAUGGUCGCCGACAGGGGCGACAUCGUGCAAGAGGACGACCUUAUUGAUCCUAAUGACGUCGCUUCGGAUUCAGACUAG